AUGAAGGUUCCAUGGCCAGCAGCCUUCGAGGAUGGAGACGUGCGGAUGUUCCUGGAGGAGUUGGAGGAUGUGGUGGAGCUGGCCGGAAUACGGACGGAUCGCGGUAAGUUGACGACUCUCCGAUGGCUUCUCAAGGGCAGUGUUGAACGCGGCACGAAGAGGCCCGGAGAAGAUGGAGUGGGCCGCCGCGAAGGACGCCUUGAUCGCGGGCUGUGA